ACGCAGACCCCCAGUGCCGGGCUAAUGGAGGCAACUUAGCCAGGAGCGCGCGGCCCCUGGUUUAUCAGCGCGCGGCGCUGCGCCCCCCCCCAGCACCCCGGAGCGCCCCCGGGCCCUGCGCAGGGCGCUGCACCGCCCCCAGGGUUUAUUGGCUGUUCGCGCUGCCCCGAUGAUGUUACCGAGCCCCGUCACCUCCACCCCCUUCUCUGUCAAAGACAUCCUCAACCUGGAGCAGCAGGAACCGCACUAUGGAGCCCAGCUGCAGCACCACCUGGAGCAGCAUUUCCACUCGGCAGCCUGCCUGCUGGCGGCCGGGGACGGCUCCCGCUUCUCCGACGGGGACGAAGAGGAGGAGGAGGAGAAGCUGUCCUAUCUGAGCUCCAUGGCCGCGGCGGAGAGCCAAGGGGACGUGGGGCUCUCCCCGGAAAACUACGUGCAGGCGGUGCUACGAGGCUCGUGUGAGCCCAAUGGCCCGGGAGACGAGCUGGAGCCUGCGGGGGAUCGGGACCCCAAGCGCUGCGCCCUGAAGCAGCCGCCGGGCGCCGCGGAGAAGCCGGACGAGGCGGAGAGGCCGAAGCCGCGGAGCCGCAGGAAGCCGCGCGUUCUCUUCUCGCAGGCGCAGGUCUUCGAGCUGGAGCGGCGCUUCAAGCAGCAGCGCUACCUGUCGGCGCCGGAGCGCGAGCACCUGGCCAGCAGCCUCAAGCUCACCUCCACGCAGGUGAAGAUCUGGUUCCAGAACCGGCGCUACAAGUGCAAGCGGCAGCGGCAGGACAAGUCGCUGGAGCUGGGCCCCGCGCCGCCGCCGCCGCGCCGGGUGGCCGUGCCGGUGCUGGUGCGGGACGGGAAGCCCUGCCUCGGGGGCUCGCCGGGCUACGGCUCGCCCUACAACGCGCCCUACUCCUACAGCGGCUUCCAGCCCUACGGCUACGGCAACUCGGCCGCCUACAACGCCAGCUACGGCUGCAGCUACCCCGCGGGCGGCCAGCCCGGCUGCAGCUCGGGCGCGGCCGCGGGGCCCUUCGUGAACAUGGGCGGCCUGGGCGGGUUCGGCGGCGCGGCCCAGCCCCUGCACCAGGGCGCCGCGGGGCCCUCCUGCAGCCAGGGCGCUCUGCAGGGAAUCCGGGCCUGGUAGCCGCGCGGGGCGGCGGACACUCUGGGCCAGGAAGGAGCCUGGUGGUUCCGGGAUCCAGCCUGCAGGCCCCGGGGAAGGACAGGGAACCGCGCCGCCCCCGGCUGGUGCCCGAAGACUGCUCGCUAGAGGCAGACUGGAGCCCCGCGCAGCCCUCAGCGCCGCUUCGCCCAGGGCGGGAUCU